AUGCCACCGUGCCACUGCCACCAUGCCACUGCCACCGUGACACUGCCACCGUGCCACUGCCACCGUACCACUGCCACCGUGCCACCAUACCACCGUGCCACCAUGCUAGCAUGGGCCAUGCUACUGAAGUAUCCAGCCAAGAGGCAGAGCCGUCAAGAGAUAUCGGGUGCAAGCGAGGAAGCAGCCACAACAGGAUUGGACAUUUUUGCUACAGUGCUCGCACAGGUGGGCGCACUUGAUAGGGCAGAUGAUACGCCUGGUGGGUGUAGUUGGCCGUCGACAGCCCUGCGGUCGGCUACUCGCACUUCCUCUCCCUCCCGCUUGCCUCCCACCACCCUCUGGUGGCUCGCCUGGGGUGUGCACCCGUCCAUCUUCAUCAAUCCAUCCACCUUCCACCUCACCGUGCACAUGCUCAAGCUCUGGUCGCCCCUCCGCGUGCAAGCAGCCGCUGACGCCCUGCAGGCGGCCAUGCCGAGAGUGCAAGAAGUGCUGGGCAAUGCGCCUCUUGUCAUUCGCCGCGUUGGCCUUGUGAGUUGGGGCCAUCCGUCCAAGGCGCAUGUGCUGUAUGCUGACAUGCACGAGGUGGAUGGGGGGAACCGGCUUUCUGCUGUCUGUGAGUUUCUGAGGCAGGCGUGUAGGGAGGCAGGGCUCGUCACUUCUAGGGAUUGCCGCCAGCCUCUCAAGCCUCUGCUCUCUUUUAUUCUUGCCAUCCCACUUCCCCUCCCACCCCUCUUCUCCUCUCUCUUCCUGUUCUUCUCCCCCUCCCACGCUUGA